AUGAUUCCCAACAAUCAAUUCAGAUUGCAUAAUGAGCAAGGACCUUCCAAGAAACUUCAUUCAUCCUAUCUAUCUAAAUCUAUAGUUGCUUUGGUCAACGGUCACUGCCUAUCCGCUUUUAGAGGCGAAGACACAAGGCUCACAUUUAUAGGGCAUCUUCGUAAAGAGUUGUGCAGGAGGGGGAUUAACACUUGUAUUGAUGACAACAACAUGGGGAUAGGGGAGAGUCUUUCACUUGCUCUGUCCAAGGCCAUUGAAGAAUCCAAUAUUUUCAUCGUUGUUUUUUCUCAGAACUAUGCAUCUUCCACAUGGUGCCUUGAUGAACUUGUUAAGAUCCUAGAACGGUCCAAGAUGAGGGAGAAGAAACAAGUUGUUUUGCCAGUGUUUUACCAUGUGGAUCCCUCAGAUAUUCGACACGAGAGGAAUAAUUACGAGAAACACAUGAUGGCACACGAAAAUGAGUUUGGCAAAGACUCACAGAAAGUUCAAGCUUGGAGAUCAGCUUUGUUUGAAGCCAGUAACUUCCCGGGCCACCAUAUUACCACCGGCAGCCACAAGUAUGAAAUCAAUUUGAUUGAAGACAUUGUUGAGAAGGUAUAUAAAAAUAUAGCUCCCAAACCUUUGCAUAUUGGUCAAAACACUAUUGGUCUUAACCCCUACAUAGAAGAGGUAAAGACUCUUCUAGAUAUGAAUCCUGGUGAUGAAACAGUACGCAUGUUAGGCAUAUAUGGACUUGGGGGAAUAGGAAAAACGGAGCUUGCCAAAGCUUUGUAUGACAAGAUUGUGCAACACUUUGAUGCCGCAAGUUUUCUAGCCGAUGUUAGAGAGAAAUCAAACAGAAUCAAUGGCUUGGAAGAUUUACAGAAGACACUUCUAUUAGAGAUGUUGGAGGAGUUACAAACUGAAUUAGGCAGUACAAGGAAAGGAAUACUUGGUUACAAUGCCAAACAAGUUUUCCUCGACAUAGCUUGCUUCUUCAAAGGGGAGAGAAUAGAAUAUGUUGAAAAGAUACUUGAGGAAUUUGAUUCAACAUCUAACAUUAUUGUACUACGUAAUAAAUCUCUCGUAACUGUGGAGGAUGGCUACUUGAAGAUGCAUGAUCUAAUACAAGAUAUGGGUAGAGAGAUUGUUAGACAGGAAGCACCAAAUCCUGGCGAACGUAGCAGACUAUGGGAAUAUGAAGAUGUUAUUGAAAUACUAGAUGAAGAUUCUGGAAGUAAUAAGAUUCAAGGGAUAAUGCUUAAUCCACCUCAGCAAGAAGAAGUAGAUUGGAGUGGUGAUGAGUUUGAAAAAAUGAAAUGGCUUAGAAUUCUUAUUGUUCGAAACACUUCCUUUUUAGUUGCGCCUAAACAUCUGCCAAAUCACUUGAGGGUGCUUGACUGGGAAGAAUAUCCUUCAAAGUGUUUCCCAUCAAAAUUCCAUCCGAAGAAAAUCGUUGUUUUCAAUUUGCAUAAAAGUCAUUUAACAUUUGAAGAGCCAUUUAAGAAAUUUUCAUAUCUGACUAGCAUGAAUUUCUCAUAUAACCAAUCUAUCAUUGAAAUUCCUGAUGUGUCUGAAGUUCAAAAUCUAAGAGAACUGAGACUUGAUCAUUGUAGAAACCUAAUUGUACUUCAUGAAUCCGUUGGGUUUCUCAAAAGGCUUUCCCAUUUAAGUGCUUCAAAAUGCUCCAAGCUUAGAAGUUUCCUCCAAAGAAUGUUUUUACCGUCUCUAGAAGUCCUUGACCUUAAUUUAUGUGUAAGGCUUGAAUACUUCCCGGAGAUAGUGAAGGAAAUGAACAAGUCAUUGAAGAUUUAUAUGACAAAUACAGCUAUUGAGGAGCUACCAUAUUCCAUUGGUAAUCUUACAGGACUUGUUUGCAUGGAGAUACCAAGUAACAAAAAACUUAGAUAUCUACCAAGUAGCUUAUUCAUGUUACCAAAUGUUGUUACCUUUAAAAUUGGACCAUGUUCUCGGCUUCAAAAGUCCUUCAAAAGUCUCUUUCAGAUCCCUUUAGCAGCCAAUGUUCAUCCAACAUUACGAACAUUACACUUCCAAGAUGGUGGUUUGUCAGAUGAAGAUCUUUUUGCAAUUCUCAACUAUUUUCCGAAAUUAGAAGAGCUAAUUGUUUCAAAUAACAAUUUUGUCUCUCUCCCUGCAUGCAUUAAGGAAUGUGUCCACUUAACAAGUCUCGAUGUCAGCUAUUGCACAAAGCUUCGAAAGAUUCCUGAAUGCAAUAACUUGAAAAUUCUUGAUAUUGAUUGCUGUGUUAAUCUUAAGGAAAUUUCAAAGCUGCCAUCCACUAUUCAGAAAGUAUAUGCAAAAUGUUGCUUCUCCUUGAUUCAAGAGACAGCAGACAUGCUAUGGUUUCAGGCCGCAAAAGGAAUGCGAGAAUUAGAAGUUUUGAUGCCUCACACCAAGAUACAAGAAUGGUUUGAUUGGGUUUCUUAUGGAGGGAGUCCUUGUUUAUGGGCUCGUGGCAAGUUCCCUAUCUUUGCUCUAGCUUUGAUCUUCGAGGAUGCGGUUGGAUCACCGCCGAGACAAAAUCAUUACCCUCAACAUGUUGAGCUCCACCUAGUUAUCAACGGUCGAUGUGUCCCCUGCAAAAGUUAUUACAACUUCAAAAUUCAUCCACAUCACGUGUUAAUCUGUGACGUACGAAUAUUAGUCGGUGACCAGGAAUGGCUUGGGCUUGAUGCAUUGUUUCUCGAGCAUGACUGGAAUCUGGUGCAGGUUUCAUACGAUACCACGUCCAACUUUUUCCUAAGUUCUUGGGGAGUUUGUGUGUUUCAAGAAGGAACCAACAUGGAAGAUGUUCAAUUCCUGUGUCCCGACCCCAAGUACUUGGACAUGUCACAGAAGACAGUAGUUCCUACAAAAGAUCCUGCCCAGGAACGAAAACAGAUGAUACAGAAUUUAUGUCUAGACCAGAAGGUUCAUCAGAUGUUGGUUGAUUUGUUAGCCUACUAUGAAAAUAGAAACGAUUUGGCACAACAUUCUGACUUUUCAUUUAGAAUAGAGAGAUUGUAUAGUGCAAUUGGAAUUGCAAAGGAGAUAUCUAAGCAGACUAAGGCUGAACUAGAAUCCAGAGGAUCAGCUUCAGAAGAUGAAAAACACUCCCUCGUGAAGUCUUUUGCACAUGAAUUGGCUGCAAUGGUAGUUGGAGAAGCUUUAAUCUCUGGCCAUCAGGGCAGAGAGGAGGAGCAAAGAAACGAUUCUCACCAAGAAGAAAUAAGGAGGAGAAGAUUGUAUGAUGGAAUAACGGAUGGACUUGUUGAAGCACGGAAGAGCUUUCCUUCUCUAGAUAUUAUCAAAACCAGAAGCGUUGCCUUAAACAAGGUUAGUAGGGUUGUAUGGAUGUUCAUACAACCCCAAGAAACGGAGUUAUACAUUGAAGGAAUCGUCAAUGGACUCCUUGAAGCAAGGAUGAGCUUUCCUGGUUUGGACAUGUGGGGAACACUGCAUGACAUGUUAUAUAGGAGAGGCAUGGAAACCCUCCAUGAUAUAAUUUGUCCUUUGAUAGAUCUAAGAGUAAUUGAUGAGGAAGUGAAGGCACCACUGGGUGUUGUAGGAGAAGCAGCUUCAACCUCUGACUAUCAGGGAAGUGAUCCUCAGCAGCAAAAACUAAUAAUGACUACAAUAUUUAACAAUGGAAUGAUGGAUGGACUUUUUGAAGCUCAGAAAAGUUUUCCUUCUCUAGAUAUUGUUAAGACCAGAAGUGCUUCCUUGAAUAGGGAUGUUUGGAUUGAAUUAUUACCCGACGGGAAGGUGGUACUACCCACGGUUGAAAUGAGGAUAUACACCACUGGAAUUCUGAAUGCAGUCCUUGAAGCAAAGCUCAGUUUUCCUGGUUUGAACGAACGGGAGAAACUAAAUGCCGUGCUAAGUAGUAUAGGUGAACCACCGAUAUCUCAAUCUGCACGCCUCUGUGUUGGCUCCAGGAAAGAUGGCAUACUGUGGCAGAUACUUAAUCCCUCCCAACCUGAUGCUGCAACCACCAUUUUCCAAGGGUAUAUGGAUUUCCAGAGAAGGCAGAAAGAUACAUGA